GCCGAUCUAACCUAAUCCCAUAUCUCAAACUCGCUCUGAAAUGGGCUUCAACUUGAACCUUCUCAAAACUUCGCCCAUCUCUUCCACGAAAUCCUUUCUCUUCACCACCACAACCAAGCCCACCAUUACUCACUUUUUUCUUCUCAUUCACUCACCACCAACCACUCGCUUAACCUCUUCUUGUUCUCUUAAACCCGCCGCUUGCUCUAUUUCCUCGUCUGGGUUCAGCGGCUCUCUCCUUUUUCACCACAGCAAGCGCAGCUUUCGCGGUGGGGUUGUUGUGGCCAUGGCCGCAUCUGGAUCUGUCCAGAAAUCAGAGGAGGAGUGGCGUGCGGUACUUUCGCCCGAACAGUUUCGGAUUUUGAGGCAAAAGGGAACUGAGUACCCGGGCACGGGCGAAUAUGACAAGCAUUUUGAAGAGGGUGUCUACAGUUGUGCUGGAUGUGGUACUCCUCUUUACAGGUCCACAACCAAAUUCAAUUCUGGUUGUGGCUGGCCAGCUUUCUAUGAGGGUCUCCCUGGAGCCAUAAAUCGCACUCCCGAUCCUGAUGGUAUGAGGGUUGAAAUUACAUGCGCUGCAUGUGGUGGGCACUUGGGCCAUGUAUUCAAAGGUGAAGGGUUUCCAACACCUACAGAUGAACGCCAUUGCGUCAAUAGUAUAUCCCUUAAGUUUGUUCAUGCAAAUUCUUAAUCCUCCUACUGAAGUAAAUAUAUAGUAAUGAUUAUUUCAAGGCCAGUCAUUGAUGAUUCUGUUCAAAUGUAGUACUAUGGUCAUAUUACUCAAAUAAAGACUGACAACAUUAGAAUGUAGUAAAAAACCAUGUUCAUUCUAUAUAAAUAUUGAGUGGAUAUGUUCCCUCUCCUAUUCUGCUCAUAA